AUGUAUGGAGUUAGGAAGAUAGACACACUUUUCGUCCGGUUGGAAGCGUGGAGGUUGAGUACAGGUGACUGGAACCUUGCCGUGUCAUCUAAGAAAUGCAAUCGACCAAUCGAAUCGUACGGUCACUUACAUCCUGUCUUUGUGUCCCCUCGUGGACCGGUUACUCGCUGUUUCACCCAUCCGUCCGCAGUGACGGUAUCGAAUGCACAACGAGCUAGAGGUGGUCAACGGGUAUCGGAAGCG